AUGCGCAGACCGGAAGCCGCGCUGCUCUGGCUUUGCUUGGCACCCACGGUGGCGCUGCGGCCCCUUGGCUGCGCCCACCAUCGCCAGCUCUUCAGAAGCUAUGAAGGACUGCGUGACACACUGGAGCAUUUUCUUGGUUUUUAUGAUGGCUACCGACACGGUAGACCAAAGAUCGUUCCGGAGCACAUCCGGCUGUUUCAGCUCAAUGCCGUGGCUUUGGACUUCCUGGAGAUUGCAGACGCUUUCCGGCUGUUUGCGUGCUAUAUCCUGUGCCCACAAGUUUGUGCAGAUCCAGCCGAGCUAGACAUGGCGUUCUCGCAGUUGCAGCUGGUUGAGAAGCUGAACAACCUGCAGCUGGAUCUGGAGCUUCUCGUCGGAGAGGGUGGGCGAGACUUCCUGGUGGCCUCGCAAAGCUACCUCCGCGAAGCCAAGAGCUAUGCGGCAACAUUGGUCUUCGACGGUCCCCGGCAGCAAGUAUCAGGUAUCGACUGGGACGAGGCGUACGGGACGUGCGUUGCUCGAGUGGCGUCGCGGAUCCUUUUCCCAGCCAUGCAGGUGCUCUCACUGGAGUCCAAGAGCAAUGAGAGCCACAUCAUUCUAUCCGGUGUUACAUUUGACGAGUCGGAUCCAGCAUCGGCAUCCAGCUCCUACAUCUAUCCGCUGCCCGGGACACGUCCCAGCAAGCGAUCGCCCCAAGCUCUGGGAGAGCUUUCGUUUCCAGUGCUCCAGUCCCUGGCCACCGGAGGGAAAGCGGUUCGGCUUCUGUUUGGCCCUGGUGGCAAGGGGGGUGCGACGGGCCGGUUGUGCGAUGCGUCUCUGUCGCCGUUCAUCGGAGACGGAGACACGGAUAUUGCGUGGCCCAGACGGUGGCGGCUGCCGCCAUGGGGAUCCAAGCCCGUCCCUACCGUCAUGCAGAUGCUAGAGCAGAUUGAGGCCGCGAGGAUGGAUCUGUCGCACUCCUUCAUUGCCGUGAGGCCGACUGCAGAUGGUGCCUGGGCGCAGAACUUCAGCUGCACGGGAACGGAUAUAUACUACGACCCAAGUCUGUGCUUGGAAGUGCUCGGCUACGGUGGGUAUGUGUGGUCUGUGAAUAUACACCCUCCCUACAAGGGCGAACUUCGUAUUGCCGGACGCCGGCUGGGCGAUGUAUCGCAGGCAGCUAUUAGCAAGUUUAUUGAUCCGCUGCGACCCUACGACAGCCACCACUUUGACACGGUGUCUAUUGAGCACCUCUUCCACAGGCUAGAUGUGCUGUGGCGACAGUCCACCGAACCCGCGCCCGAUUUAUUCUUCCUUCAUCCUGCUACCCACAACUGCCAUGCCAUCGAGUAUCUUUUCUCAGGUGCGCCCUUGCAGCCAAAGAUUCUCGUCGUGCCGAUCAACCCACUCAUACCUCCACCCUUUGAGGUGCUCCCCAGAUAUGAGGCAUGGUGGCAUAUCAUGCGGCCGGCAUGGCGUAACACCCGCUCAGCAAAAGGUUGGGUGCAGCAUUCGGUGGAAGAUCUGGCAGAUGGUUUCGGUGAUGAUGCCAUGGAUGAGUACCUAACCGCGGCCCUUUGGAUGGGGCAGUGCUCGUUGGCAGCUGUCGACAGCAUGCUGGAUCGUAUGAGUGUGAAGAAGUUCCGGUACAUUCUACACCACGUUUCCUUUGCCUAUGCUGUCUAUGUGCGGAAGGACAUCCAGACUCAUCUGGCUCGCCCUCAAGCAAGUCAGCCGCAUCCCGAUUCUUCUUUCUCCAGCUGGUUGAGAGGUUGGCACUGUGCGACUGGCAGCCGCUACUUUUCAAAGCUGGAGCUGGUAGCCGGGCCAGACAUGGGUCGUCUCGCAGAUCCUGCCGUGCCCAGACGGGAAAAGGAGAAGAUCAUCUGCUACUUUUUGGACCGCCAAAGCAUCCCAGUUCAGAGACGAAACUUCGACUGCCAAGCACACCUGGCCAACCGAGAUAGUUACUCCGAGGUUGAAGCGGAGAGUUGCGUGCGUCCAGACCAUCGUGGGUGGGGGAAUGAUCCAUACGUCUCAGAGACGAUUCAGGAUUCGGUUGGUGCGUGCGAAGCUCACUGCAGGGCUUCUGCGUGCAAUUAUUGGACGUAUGAUCCCACCGCUCUUUAUGGCCAGCCUCUCUGUUGGAUUUGGACUGGAGGACGCCCGGCAGAGAUCAAGUCCGAGCGUGGGUGGAUAUCCGGAGAUGCAGACUGCCGCCGUGAUGAGCUCGCCCGUGAGGCACAGGCUUCAACAUCGGCGGACAAGACAGAUGAAGAGGACUGGCAAAAAUUGGACGAGGCAUCCGAAGAUCAAGUGCUGGUCGGAACGAUGCCCGGUCCAGGCAGCAGCAGGGAAGUUUUCAAGCAGUGGGCUGUGAAGCAGCUGGAUGAAAUUCCGGGAAUGAAAUACUUCUUGGAGUCUGAGAAGCGAGGCCGCUGUGUGAAAGGUUUCUGUGAAUGUUUUCCGCCACAUCGAGGGCCGUUGUGUGAGCAGGUGGACGCAGGAACAAGGGACGCUGACCGCAAUUUCUCAGCAGUGCUGCAUUACCUAACGUCUGAUGACGACACCGACAUCGAGGAUAUUCAGCACAGCCUUCCUCGUCUGUGGCGGCGCUUCAAUCGGCGCUUCGAUUACCCCGUGGUUGUCUUCAAUGACGGGCUCUCUGAGAUUCACCGCCAGCAAAUUGUGAAUGCUUCGAGGAAUAGGAUUUGGUUCGCAUACGUAGAUGAUUACCUUGAGAUACCAAGUUUCAUUCUGGAUGACCCUUCACGUAAAGCCGCUUUGGACGACAUAAAGUGGUCUCUGGGAUACAGGGGUAUGUGUCGCUUCCGAAGUGGCACGAUCUUCUUGCAGCCGGUCCUCCAGAACUUCCAGUAUGCGAUGACUCUGGACACGGAUGGCUACUUCCCCGCUGAAGUCAGCGCAGAUCCUAUUUCCGCAAUGCACGAAGGCGGAUACGUCUACACGUGGUCUCACUUGCUGCCUGACUUGCCAGGGGCCGUUCGCCAUUUUUGGGAAUAUUCCUUGAUGUACAUGAAGAUGAAGGGCAUAGAUCCGAGAGGAACGCCGAUCCUGAGACAGUUUGUAAGAGAGGAAGAUGUUCAGUGGACCUACCAGCUCUACAUGAACGAUAUUGAGAUCGUGCAGCUGGAUUGGUUCAGAUCUGACCCCUACCAGGACUACUUCAGGUACUUGGACUCCAUAGGUGGCUUUUGGCUCCACCGUUGGGGCGACCAUGCCAUGCGCACCAUUGCUGUUGGAAUGUGGUUGUCGGAGGAAAAAGUCUUCGAGAUGGACGUCCCGUACGGGCACCAGAACUAUUGCCGGUGCAGCGGAGCACAUCCGCAUCUGUCCUGCGUGCGCGAAGAGGAUGUUGGUGGAGUCCCGGCCAAAUGGUGGAUUUGCGCAGGUGAGGAGUCAGCAGUCGAAAGCGAUGCCUGA